AUGUCUACAGCACCAUCAGGGUCCGCCGCGCCGCCGAUACCCACGAUCCAUCUGGAGGUACCGCAAGAGACCGACCGCCAACAAAGCUAUGGCUCCGGCAUCCUGGGUGACACCGAAGAUGGCACAACGCAUCAUGCCGCGGGGAUCGAGCUGCCGGCGUCUAGGAGCUCGGGGGAGAACAUGUCGCAUCUGAGCCGGAGCCCGUCUCAUUCCAUUAACAGUGCCCGCCCGGAGAUGGAUGAGGAGACUGUGGAGCUGUGGCGGAGAGCAAUAAGGCUCGACGACGAGCGCAGACGGGGCAGUUCCUCUACACGUGCUCGGACACCUAACACCAGUUCUUCACGGUGGUCGUCGUCUCACCAGCCCGCCAGCGGUGAUAACAGGAGUGUCACGGAGCAGCAGCAGGGCAGAAGGGAAGAGGAAGUCAUGGAGACUCUCUACGCCCCCGGCAUCGUGGGCAAGAUAUCCUGCACACGAGCGGGAGGAAAGGAAUAG